UGCAGUCCAUUUUUUUAAAUGAAAUAUGUAUGUGUCGAUGACUUUGUUAUGACACUUUGCAAAAUAAUCGAGAAUAAGAAAUAUCUCUCGCAUCUGACAGUUUCUGACAGCGAAUACGCACAAACGAUCGCGGUAAAACGUUCUAGAAUAUCUGUGUAAUUUCUUAGAAGAAUUAAAAUGUCAUCGUCCGAUGAGGAAAGUGACAAUCUGGUAUCUAUAGAGGAGAUUCGCGAUAAUAUGUUAAACACGCCUCGAAGCGAGCGCAUGCAAGUUAGCGCUUGGGAAGACGACGAUGACGGAAUAGAAGCUGAGCGGAAUGCGAAAGAUCCCGAUGAGAAAGAUAUUCUCGAAGCUGCCGAGAAUGGCAACCUCGAGAAACUUAAAAAAUUAAUAGCCAAAAACAAACACUUGUUGGGGUGCAGGGAUAAGGAUGGUUAUACUCCUCUACAUAGAGCUUCCUAUGCUGGUCACGUAGAUAUUGUGGAGUACCUACUACAAGCCGGUGCGAGUACAAGUUCUAAAACUAUGGACAAUUGGGAACCAUUGCAUUCGGCUUGUCAUUGGAACAAUGUGGAAUGCGCUGCAGCCCUAAUUGCAAACGGAGCAGAUGUAAAUGCUAAAAGUGCAGGGGAUCAAACUCCUUUGCAUUUAGUAUGUGCAAGCUCUCACAAUUCUCAGGCAUUGCAACUUUUACUUCUACACCCAGAUACAAAUCCCAAAUUGGUAAAUUCUGGUCAAGAUACCGCGGAACAAAUUGCUAGACGAACAGGAAAAUAUUACCCAAUGUUUGAGAUCAUCGAGGACUGUUUAAACGUAAUUUGAAGUAGGUCCAUACUCAUUCUGAUUUCAUAUUUUAUAAAUGUUCUUAAUAUCUUUAUAUAUAUAAACGUUGCAAUGUUAUGAACAUAAAAAAUCUAUGGAUGUGUAACAAUUUGAUGUAAACGUAUAUGUUUGGUUUACCAUUGUUCUGUAUACAAGUACAUCAAUAACAAAACAUAUACCUCCUAAGUAAGUGAAUUAUAUGCUCUGAUACAAUAAAAUAUAAAAAUAUGAUA